UGUUAAAGUUAAGGAUAGUUAGUGCUUAGUCAAAAGUUAGAGGGUGUUAUUGAUAAACUUUCUUAGUUGAGGGACUGAAGCUGUACAAGUUAAAAGCAUAGGUCUCGAGCUGGUUAAAUAGUCGUUUUAGUAGAGAUUUGAUGUUUAUGUACGUACGCUUCAUCAAGUAGCCAUUGAUUUGAAACUGAAAUUGAAAGCAGAGAUGAACAGCACGAGAAGAAUUGGACUUCGUUAUUACUCUACUGCUUCACCUUCAACCUCCCAUUUCAAUCAAAGAAUUACAUCCCUCAAAAAUGAUUCAGGACCCAUCAAGGUGAAUGACACCCUCCAACUGUUUGAUGAAAUGCUUCAAAGACAACCUCCACCGAACAUCAUCCAAAUUAAUCAGCUCAUCACUCUUAUUGUAAAGAUGAAGCAAUAUUCCACUGCUCUUUCACUUUUUAAGAGAGUAAAUAUGAUGGGUAUUCCUACUGAUCUUUAUGCAAUCAACAUCUCUAUUAACUGUCAUUGCCGGCUGAAUAAAGUUGCUUACGGUUUUGCCUUACUAGCAACUAUUUUCAAGCAAGGUUAUCCACCCGAUUUGACCACCUAUAACACUCUCAUAAAUGGGCUUGUUCUUGCUGAUCGGGUCUUUGAAGCUGUUGAGUUGUUCAAGAAACUGCUUAGAGAGAAAGUUUGUGAGCCUGAUCAAGUUAUGUAUGGAACCGUUAUUAAUGGGCUAUGUAAAGUAGGUCACACUACCAAGGCCCUUGAAUUGCUCACGUUCAUAGAAUCAGGCUCUUGUAAACCUUGUGUAUACCAUUACAAUACAGUCAUUGAUAGCCUCUGCAAAGAUAGAAUGGUUGAUGAUGCAUUAGAAUUAUUUACGCGUAUGACUGAAAAGGGUGUUCUUGCAAACAUCAUCUCUUACAACUCUUUGAUUCAUGGACUGUGUAACUUUGGUCGAGAGACAGAAGCUGCAAAAAUGUUGAUUGAUAUGGAGGAGGAAGGAGUAUCUCCCUCAGUGGCUACAUUUAAUAUCUUGGUAAAUUCCUUUUGCAAGCAAGGAUCUGUUAAAGAAGCAGAGCUUGCUGUACAAGCAAUGGUACGAAGAGGUCUAAAUCCAGAUGUAAUCACUUAUAGUGCAUUGAUUGAUGGAUACUGUUUACGUGGUGAAAUAGAUGACGCAGAGAAAGUUCUUGAUGGCAUGGUGAAGAGGGAUAUUGUACCUAACAUCAUCACAUACAACAGCCUGAUAAAUGGAUAUUGUAAGAAGAAGCAAAUUGAUAAGGCCAGGCAUCUCUUUCAAGAUAUCCAAGACAAGGGUUUGAUUCCUGAUGUUGUUACUUACAGUAGCAUGUUACAAGGUUUGUAUGAUUCAGGGAAUCCUGCAGCGGCUAGAGAACUCUUUAACGAGAUGCAAGCGAAUGAAUUGAUGAAAGAUAUAGUGUUGUAUAAUAUAUUGAUUGAUGGUAGUAACAAAUGUGGGAAUCCUAACAUGGCUAUGGAUCUGUUUGAUGAACUCUGUUUGAAAGGAUUGAAACCUGAUGUUAGGACAUAUACAGUGAUGAUAAGUGUGUAUUGCCAAGGAGGCUUAUUUGGUAAAGCGAACGAUUUGCUUAGAAAGAUGGAAGAUAAUGGUUGUUUGCCUGAUAGCGUUAUGUACAAUGUUAUUGUUCAAGAGUUGUUGAAGAAAUCUAAGCGUCAAGAGGCGGAGAACUUUAUGGAAGAAAUGAUUAACCGAGGUUUCAUGCCUGAUUCUACUACUUUUACGAUGGUGCUACACCUAAUUCCAAAUGUAGGAAAGGAAUCACGUAUGCGAACCAUCAUUCAAAAGCUAACUACCGUAGAAAGAAAAGACGGGAGAAUACUUAAUUUAACAUCUAGGCUCGUUCCCUGAUUCGCAAACAACUGAAUCUAAUCUAGCUUGAAUUCUAGUACUUCGGUCAGGUUGUCGUCUAGUAGGUCAUGUAUCGAAACCUGAUUGAAUACUAAUCAUGUGAUUACAAUCAUAA